GUCUUUUCCUCCUUCCAGUCUCCAGCUUUUUUCCCCUCCCCCUCAUCGCCGAGCAAGUUCUGUUUCAGAUCUAGUCGCCCUGUUGUUGCCGCGGAGAUUUUUUUUUUUCCUUUUGCUGCCGCCGCUGUCGCCGUCCCGACCCCUUCUUGCCGCCCUGCCCCCAACCCCACACAAGAUGUCAGAGGAUCUAGCAAAACAGCUGGCAAGCUACAAAGCUCAACUCCAGCAAGUUGAAGCUGCAUUGUCUGGAAAUGGAGAAAAUGAAGAUUUGCUGAAAUUAAAGAAAGAUUUACAAGAAGUUAUAGAACUAACCAAAGACCUUCUGUCAACUCAGCCUUCUGAAACUCUUGCAAGUUCAGACAGUUUUGCUUCUACUCAGCCCACUCAUUCGUGGAAAGUAGGAGACAAGUGUAUGGCAAUCUGGAGUGAAGAUGGACAGUGUUAUGAAGCCGAGAUUGAGGAGAUAGAUGAAGAAAAUGGCACCGCUGCAAUCACCUUUGCUGGCUAUGGCAAUGCUGAAGUGACUCCACUGUUGAACCUCAAACCUGUAGAAGAAGGAAGGAAGGCAAAGGAGGACAGUGGCAACAAGCCCAUGUCAAAAAAAGAAAUGAUUGCCCAGCAGCGUGAAUAUAAAAAGAAGAAAGCUUUGAAAAAAGCACAGAGAAUAAAAGAACUUGAGCAGGAAAGAGAGGACCAGAAGGUGAAAUGGCAACAGUUUAACAAUAGAGCCUAUUCUAAAAACAAAAAAGGCCAGGUUAAAAGGAGUAUUUUUGCUUCACCUGAGAGUGUAACCGGCAAAGUUGGAGUAGGAACUUGUGGAAUUGCUGAUAAACCUAUGACACAAUAUCAAGAUACCUCUAAAUACAAUGUCAGGCAUUUGAUGCCUCAAUAAUCAGAAAAACUGUUGGAUUUCAUCUCUGCAGGGCUUUACAUUUACCUUUUUAUCCUUAUAUUUUUCUAAAGGUAAAUUAUUUGUUAGAUGAGUAAGGAAGAUACCAUUGUCGUCCUUGUUUGACUUCAAUAGAAUGAAACUUGAAGAAAUUGCAUUUGAUAACUGCUAUUCAUUUAACUUUUGUUACUACUACCACAGUUUCCUCAAAGUUUGUUGAAUAAAGCAACUUUUCUAGAUAGAUGCUGCAUAAAUACAGCACUUAGAUG